AUGGGGUUUUGUGGCCCGUCUACCAAUGCACUCAGUGUGGAAACGGGCGUUUUGGCUAAUGAGUGUUACGUUGAUGUUCUUAACAUCAUUCCUCACAGCGUGUUUUUCUUGAUCAGCGUAUCUAUCCUAGUUGCUUGGAGACAUUCAUUCUUUGGGAAGCUAAACAUCGUAACCUGGGUGCACUUUCAAGGCCACACUCUACGAUGGAUCAUCACGCUGAGUUUGUUGUGUCUGAACGUUGUGGAGAUUGCAGAAGGAGUUUUACUUGCCUCCUUGGACCCCGGCCAUCUCAGAUAUCACGUGUUCAUUCCACAGUGUAUCUCCACAAUCAGUACUGGCAUCAGCAUCGCAUACUAUCACAGUGUGGAAAUGUGGAACUCCCCUCGAUUCCUAGUCUUACUGUUACUAUACUGGUCAGGUUCUGUGACGUGUAAAAUUCUGAAAAUCGUGUCUAUAACCUCAGAUGGUGUAGAACUGACAGAUGUCCGUUUCUGGCUUACGUUAAUCGGUAUAGUCUUCUACUCAGUCCUCCUCCUAAUUGAGCUCAAUGUGCUUAGGAUUCAGCGUUACGCCCUGUUCAAGGAGAAGAAUCUGCUCCAACCCCUUGAUGAGAUUGCGGAGACACGUUACAUCUAUAGUUACGUAAACUUUCUGUCUAAGGCAACUUUCUGGUGGAUCUUAGGCUUGUUGAGGGAAGGGUACAAACACGUGCUGGACCUGCAACACCUUGGGCGACUACCAAGCACUGAACAUGCGAAAACAAACCUGGCUAAACUCCACAGAACCUUUGAAGAGGAGAAGAUACGGGCAGGUAAUCGUGGAGGAGAGCCAUCCUUAACACGGAGUUACCUGAAGGCCUUCUGGCCAAUGCUGGCACUAGCAGGGGUCUACAAACUGCUGGGGGACCUGCUGGGCUUUGUGGGACCAUGGUUUAUUGAGGCUAUUGUGGAUUAUGCCUAUGUGACCAGGGACAGGACGGUGCUGGAUAAUGUCACCCACAACGCUACAGUUGACAGGUAUGUCCACGUGGACAGUUUCUUCAGCAAUGGCUACGUACUGUCCGCGACCCUCUUUUUCACCUGUUUGCUGCAGAAGACAUUCCUUCAAAAUCACCAUUUUCUUGUGAUCAGAGAGGCCAUUAGGCUGAGGAAUUCUGUACAGGGUAUGGUGUACGAGAAGGCCCUGCGUUUAUCCACUCUGAUGUUAUCGUCCGACAAGCUUUCCACAGGCCAGAUUCUCAACUACAUGUCCACAGACGCCUACUUCCUACAUAAUCUCUUCUUCAUGAUGCAUUAUAUAUGGGCUGUUCCUGUACAGAUGACAAUAGCUUUUGUGCUGAUGUACAUGAAACUGGGAAUCUCAGCUGUUAUUGGAGCUUCUGUUGUGGUGCUUGUCGUCCCGUUCCAGUAUUUGGUCGCCAGAACCCUGUCAAAGCUCCAGAAAAAAAUACUGCACUACUCAGAUGAGCGAAUGAAGAAGACCACGGAGCUGGUCCACGGUAUCCGUGCACUCAAACUCUUCACUUGGGAGACGCUGUUUUGUAAGAGGGUGGAAGCCAUGAGAAAGGAAGAGAUGAAGUUUGUCCUCAGGCAUUCUCUCUUACUAGGAUUGAUGGAUUUCAUCACUGUAGGAACCCCAGUUGCAGGCAUGCUAAUUACCUUCUCCGUCUACACCCUAGUGGAAGAGGAACCUAUGACAUCUGGGCGGGUCUUCUCCACUGUCGCGCUCUUUAACGUUUUCCUUUUACCGCUGUUCACCUUUACCCUCGUGUUGCAUAAUAUCGUCAAUGCCCGUGUCAGUGCCAAUCGAAUUGUCCCAUUCCUAAUGGCUCCUGAGGUUGAGGGGUUGAGUCUUCAUGAUGAUCACAUGACCUCAGAGGCAAUACAGGCGGCGGAGGAGGGCGAGGAACGAGUGGAGUUUGGCCAUGACUUAAGCGUAAGAUUUCAAAUUGGAUCUGGAAAGUUCCUGACAUCUGCCUCCAGAAAAAGCUCGGAGGGAUUUAACCAUGGACAGAAGCAAAACUCAUCAACAGAAAAACUUCAGGCACCGAUGAAGAAGAUACGAAAGCACAGCGCACCGCCGAGAAUGAUAACGGGAUUGGAUGCAAGAAAACACAAAGAUAUGCGACCAAAACCCUCUUCAAACUCCCUUAACGCCAGUCAACUGGUACCCCUGGACCCGGGCCGUAAGAGUGGCCAAUCAAGUAGCUCCUCUGUGGAUAAGAAUGAGUAUCAUGCAGGAACGACCUCUGACCCUGACUCCGACACUGAACAGCCUGUCAUGGUGUCUAGUUCGGUAUCCACAGAGGAUGUGUCUGACAUCAAGACAGGCCUAGGGGAGUCUCUGGUCGAGGUACGAAACUCUGUGGAAGUCAAGGGAGGCAACUUCUGCUGGGAGUUUGACAGUGAUCAGCCUUUUCUGAAAAAUAUCUCGGUGAAAAUUCCAGUCGGUAAGCUGACGGUUGUGAUCGGCCAGGUUGGGUCGGGGAAGUCUUCCCUCCUCUCUGCUCUACUCGGGGAGAUGAUCACCCUAUCAGGGACACUGGAAUGGUGCCGAGGGACCAAAAUAGCGUAUGUAGCUCAGAAACCCUGGAUUUUGAAUACAUCCCUGAGAAACAACAUUCUUGGUGGUCAGCCAUUUGUCUGGAAAAAGUACAAACGGAUUCUAGCUGCCUGUGCUUUGAAUACAGACAUCGAGCUAUUACCUGGUGGUGAUUUGACGGAGAUCGGAGAAAAGGGUAUAAAUCUGAGUGGAGGACAGAAACAGCGAGUCUCUAUUGCUAGGGCAUUGUACUCUGAAGCCAACACUGUCUUGUUGGAUGAUCCACUUUCAGCAUUGGACAGUCACGUGGCGAAACAUGUGUUCAACACGGCCAUUACACAACGCCUGAUCAGAAAGAAACACACAGUGAUCCUGGUGACCCAUGCCGUCCAGUACCUGUGCAGAGCUCAUCACAUAAUCGUGAUGAAGGAUGGGAAGGUCAAGCAUCAAGGAAGUUUAGGGGACAUCAAGAAAGCUGACCCACAGCUAUACGAGUCAUGGAGGCUCACUUUGAGAGAGGCCAAGAAGAAGGAAGAGAAUGAGCAAAGUUCCGUGACUCCCCUGAGCCCAUGUGUGGGUCAAGGCCCGGCUCAGACACAGAGCAGGUCAAGUUGGACGUGGAAAGUCAGUCACGCAGGGUCACUUCAGUCCCAGGGAAUGCGGUUGCUAGGCGUGGCUUCGGGUAGACAACUGUCCAAAUUGUCCGUGAUGACAGAGGCUAGCUCAGAGGAUGGAGAUGGUUUGGACAAUGGUGACAGCACCACGGGUCAGCUAAUUAAGGAGGAGCACAAGGAGACUGGGUCCGUAUCACGACACAUCUACUUCUCCUUCCUGCGUGCCUGCUCCCUCUGGUUGGUCGUGCUCCUGGUGGUCUUAAAGUUGGCCCGUCAGUCCCUGGUGGUGGCCGCGGACUACUGGCUGUCUGUGUGGGCGGGGCGUGUGGACGCUGUGGUCAGGUACAACACUACUGGCUUACAGGAGCUGACAGACAAGGAGACAGGUUACUACAUCCACGUAUACUUCAUUCUCUGCGUAUCUGCCGUCCUGCUUACCCUGAUCACAACCCUGGCAGAACAGUUCAUCAUCUUCAUGGCCGCCUGUCGUCUGCAUCUCCGGAUGCUGAGGAACAUCAUCCUGUCACCUAUUAGGUUUUUCGACACGACGCCUAGUGGCCGUAUUUUAAAUCGAUUUUCAGCUGACACAGCUGCCAUUGAUCUGAAAAUGGGAGCACGUGUGGCACACUUAUCGCGCUCUGUGUUAGGCUGUGUGGCAGGUGUGGUUGUCGUGACGAUCAGUACACCUUACUUCCUCUUACUCAUCAUCCCUCUGACAGUACUCUACAUCAUGGUACAGAAGUUCUACCUGGCCACAUCCAGGGAGUUACAGCGACUAGAUAGUUUGACCAAGUCACCCCUUUUCUCUCAUUUCUCAGAGACCCUUAACGGGUUACAGACAAUCCGAGCCUUUGGCCAUCAGAAAGUGUUUCUGGAGAAAGCUCUGUUUCAUAUUGAUAACAACACGAUCCCAUACCUCUUCCUCCACACGGUCAACAGAGUGAUGGGAAUCUUCCUGGAUUACAUGGGCUCCCUGAUCGUGUUUGCCGCAGCCAUGUUCAGCUUGACCUCUGCCCUCUACGGGAACACAGACCCUGCCUUUAUUGGGAUGAGUAUCGCUUACGCCCUCAUGAUGUGUGAUGGGUUAAACUGGGCGAUUCGCUGUGCAGCAGAUGUGGAGCUUCAGAUGAAUGCUGUGGAGAGAAUUAAAGAGUAUUCAGAAUUACCUCAGGAACCGUACAACAGCUCAGGUAAAUCUGUCAGUCAGUCAGUCGUGAAUGCUGUGGAGAGAAUUAAAGAGUAUUCAGAAUUACCUCAGGAACCGUACAACAGCUCAGUCAGUCAGAUGAAUGCUGUGAAGAGAAUUAAAGAGUAUUCAGAAUUACCUCAGGAACCGUACAACAGCUCAGGUUACAUAUCCUUGCCAUCAGACGAGACCUGGCCUACUGGUGGGGAGAUUUGCUUCUCUGAAGUCAGUGUUCGUUACGCCAAAGAUUUGGAACCUGUUUUGAGAAACAUCAGUUUUACAAUUAAAGCCAAAGAAAAGGUUGGUUUAUGUGGGAGAACGGGCAGUGGGAAAACCUCGCUCACCUCUUCACUGUUCCGGAUCCUGGAUAUAUUUGAGGGAAGUAUCCUGAUAGAUGGCAAGGAUAUCACAAAGAUCCCGCUGACGCAACUGCGGUCAGCCAUCACAGCCAUACCUCAGGACCCCCUGCUCUUCUCAGGCACUGUCAGGUAUAACUUGGACCCUGAAGGACUGAAAGAUGAUGAAGAGAUCUGGUCUGCAUUAGACAUGGCACAGCUCAAAGAUACAGUGACGCUGAUCACAAACAAACUGGAUGGUAUGAUAACAGAAGGUGGGGAAAACUUCAGUGUUGGACAGCGACAGCUGUUCUGUUUUGCACGUGCUUUGUUGAGGAAGAGUAAAAUCCUCAUCCUCGAUGAGGCAACCGCAUCCGUGGAUGCCGUCACGGACAGUCUUAUUCAGGAUGUCAUCGCCAAGGCCUUCGCAGACAAAACAGUCAUCACUGUCGCUCACCGUAUAUCUACCAUUGAAUCAUACGACAAAGUCAUCGUUCUGGAGGAGGGACACAUUAUUGAGAUGGACAGCCCAGCAACACUUCUCAACAACCAGGACAGCUUUUUCUACAGACUGGCCAGGCAGCACAAAGACUAGAGGAUAGAGGAUUGUUUGCAAUUGAGGAUCAUUCAGUUCACAUUUCCAUUCAUACAGGAUUUCACUUUAAACCAAAUUGUUAUGUUAAUAUAUGAAGUUUUCAUGAGAGGAUCAUGGCAUCAUGGCUCUUCAUGUAAGGUUUCAUGUCAGUUCUUGCGUGCAAGGUUUCACAUUUGAUCUGAAGUUUUCAGUUGAGUGUCCUGCGCUUCACAUGCGGUUACAUGUCUUUCAUGUAAGUUUCAAUAUUAACCCACUUGAUAUGGUGUUCUUCAGUUGAAUGUUGUCCAUUUCAAAUUCAUGUACUUGUCGUUUAAAGCUUUGGUUAUUGACCAACUUGAUACACUGUUUUUCAGUUGAGUUUUUUGCAUUUCAAAUUCAUGUACUUUCAUGUAAACCAAACGUCUGGUUAUUAACCAACUCGAAACAAGAUCAUGUACUUUCAUGUAAACCAGACGUUUGGCUGUUAAGCAA